AGCACGCCGCGACAACGGUGGCGGGAGUAAUGCCGCCGCCACGGGAUUUAGCGUUGUCGAUGCGAUGAGAGAGGGCUUGUUGGACCCGGCCACCGGGGAGGUCGUCGCCGAGAACGGCGAGCGGAUCUCGAUCGAGGAGGCGUACUCGCGCGGCUAUCUUACUAAGGUGGAUGUGACCGUUAGGGUGACUCGUAAUGCCAUCGCGCUCUCCGACGCAAUAUCGCAGGGCCUUGUGGACGAUCGGACCGGCCGCGUCGUCGAUAGGAUCACUGGCGAGUCUUAUCCGUUGGACGAGGCCGUCGACAAGGGUAUUAUCGAUCCGAACGUGAAAGAGAUCGUGGACACGAGGAGCGACAGCAAGGUGACGGUGGCUGAGGCCAUGAAUCGCGGUGUACUGAAUGCCAAGAGUGGUAGAUACAUGCAUGGUUUGUCAAUGGAGAAGCUGCCGUUCAAGGAAGCUCGUCGUCGACAACUGAUUGUCAAGCCGAUGACGCUCAAGGAUUGUUGCGAUUUGGAAAUUAUCGAUGACAAAGGCAAGAUUGCCAGUCCGGCGCACCGUGACAAAUUAACGAUACUGGAGGCCAUAUCUCGUGGCGUUUUAGACUCUGAGACCAUCAAAUCCGUGGUAGAUACUCGAACCGGCGAAAUGAUUACGUUAGCCGACGCUUUAACUAGCGGAAUAAUCAAAAUCGAUGGCACGUAUCGCGAUACGUUGAAGGCCGAAGAAUUCCCUAUCUCUCAGGCCGUCGAGAAAGGCCUGAUCACGUCGGUGACCCAAAAAAGUAUCUUCGAUAUCGAUGGCUUCAAGGAUCCGGUUUCUGGCGAGUACAUCAGUCUGAAUGCAGCGUUGCUGAAAGGCUUGAUCAGUUCAAAGUCUGGCGGUACCUUCACGAUCGACCUGAAAACCGGGAAGACCGUUUCGCUGAGCGAAGCAGAGGAGCAGGGUUAUAUCAGGCCGGAAGUGUUGGAGAUGUUGAACCGUGGCAUCGGCGUCACCGAGAACGGACGUGAAGUGAGCGUUCUCGAGGCCGUACUGCUCGGAUUACUCGAUCCGAAGUCCGGUCAAUUAUUGGAUCCGCGUAGCAAAAGAAUAGUACCUUUGGAGGAGGCGAUCAAGCGAGGACUUAUCACUCCUGAUGGUGCCGCGCUGCUCACCAGCUUACUGAACAUCGCGGUUACCACGCAGACCGUAACAAAGACCAUCAAGAAAUACGUGACGACUCUGCACACCGGCGAGAUUGUUACGAGAGAUUACAAGAUCAGUUAUGAUGAAGCACUGCGCAGCGGUUUGAUUGACGAAAGUAGAAGCGAAUUUAGGGAUCCCGAUUCGGGAGUGACGAUGUCCAUCGAAGACGCCUUCGAGCAAAGCCUGCUAGGUGACGAUGUUCGCCAUCGCGUUGUGCAUUCGCGAGAACGUACUCCAGAUUCGUCGCAGACAACUUUCGAAAGCACCUUAACGGCAAAUAUCGACGAAGUACCUAGAAGUAGAAGAAGCGAAUCACCACCUAGAGCGAUUGGCACGGUUACUACUAUUAUUACCAAAGAGAUCGCUCCGCGAGCAUCGUCUACGCCGACGAAAGAGUUGUCCUCGGUUACGAUGAUAAUCGCGCCAUCAACGACUGAUUCUGUUUCUUCUGUGCGAGAUUCAACGGCCGAAGAAAUCUCGUCAUUUACAAAAGUCAGCGAAUCGAAGUGGAUGUCCGAGGCAGCAUUGGAAACGAGUUCGUCCGAAGAAACGCAUAUGAGUCAUAAACUUAAAUCACCUUUACGUGAUGAAAAACAAGGUACGGAAAUAGAAGUAGUCACAUCAGUUACACCAACUACGAGUCGUGCAUCGGAGAUAAUGAAAUUCAUAGAAAACGAACGUAUCUCCACGGAUAAACGAGUGUUCGAAUUACCUACGGAUGGCUGGACGCUCGCCGAAGCUAUCGAUAGGAAACUAUUUGACCCUGCUACGGGUCUUUUUAUAAUUCCAGGCACCGACAGAUUGGUUUCCUUCGAAGAAUGCAUUAAAUUGCAGAUUAUCAAUUCGAAUUCUGGCUUCGUUAUCGAUCCCAACAACGGAAGAAAGGUAUCCUUGGUGCGAAGCUUGGAGAAGAAUAUUCUAGACUCCACAGGUCACUACUGUUAUCCGCAAAAGAUCUCGAUGAGAGAAGCGAUCGCGAACGGAUUAAUCAUAUUGGAAGGCGGCUCGAGCAUGGAUAGUGAUAACACCAAUCAGAGGCUUCUUCAGGUCACGAGGGUCUCGGGCAAGCCCGAUAAAGUGGAGUUGACGCGUGUUGGCGAUCCUUCUCAGCAAAUGGAGAUAAAGACCAGCGACGAAACGUCUAUGCCGGAUCCGGUGCAGGUAACUCAAGGAGUGAUUUACGAUCCGGGCACGGCCUUAGUGAUCUCCACGAAAACUGGCAAAUCCGCGAAUCUCUUAGCCGCUGUUUCCGAAGGAACGAUACCGUCUACAGCCGUAAUCGUCAAGGAUCCAACGACUGGUAAAGUCAUUAGCAUGACAGACGCCGUGAACCGUGGUAUUCUCAAUGUUAAUACGCACGAAUAUAAAAUCGACGAUGGCAGGAAGAUAUCUCUGAUCGACGCGGCAAAGUUCGGAGUGAUAGCUGUUCUUGGCGCUCCCCUUGCAGCCACCGCGGCCGCCAUAGAAGCGGUACAGAGAACGAUGGUGAAAGAUCCAGUAACUGGUAAGAAAGUGCCGAGAGAAGUUGCCAUUGAACGUGGCAUCAUUCCAAUGGACGACAAUGCAACCUCGCCGAUUAUUGAAUCCGCAAGUGGUACACCCGAUGAGAAUGAAAAAGUUAUCGCGAAACAUAUCGUACACGAUGAACCUGGAAAGGUUCGUGUAUCGAAGGAGGACGCUAAGAGUGCAACUUCAAAACCUGCCAGUGAUGUUCCGGAUGGUGAAAAUUUGGGCACGAAGACCAGAGCGCGAGUGACUGUCGAGCCGAGAUAUCAAGUUACGAUUGGUAAAGCGAGAACGUUAUCGCAGAGUCCCGAACGAGAAGCGAGACCUAUCGUUCUGCAGAAAAUGCGAAAGAGGAUAGUAAAUGUCGAGGAGGCAUUGCAGAGCGGUCUCAUCGAUGUGGAAACAGCGGACACCUUCGCGAAGAAGAUGCGCAACGAAAAAGGGGAGCCGAUUACUCUUUCGGAGGCAAUCCGCGACGACCAGAUAGACGCUAAUCAGGGACAGAUCGUGGAUCCACAAAGAGGUGACGUGCUUAGCAUCAAGCAGGCUAUCGAUCGGGGAAUUCUGGAUCCAGAGAGCGUGCAGGUAUUGGUGCCUUUGGCGAAAAGUUUGUCUGUACACAGCUUGUACAAGCAAGGCUUGCUAGAUCCUUUGGAAGGUAAAAUCGUUCAUCCAGAAACAGGCGCGCAUCUCACCCUCAACGAGGCUAUAGUGUGCGAGAUAGUGGAUCCCCUGUCUAACGUAAUGUUCACCGUUGACGGUCGUUCCGAAACGUUGCAGUCUGCCAUUGCGAACGACACAAUCGAUGCGGAAAGAUUGUUGGUCAAGACGCAAGGAGGUAGCGUGAGUCUAGUCAAGGCGAUAGAGAACAAAGUUCUCGAGUUAAAAGAACCGGCUAAAUCUUUUAAUUUACCACCGGCAGGAAUGACGUUCCCCGUUGCGCUAAAACGUGGAUUGAUUGACAUUAGCAAGAAAGAAAUACGUCAUCCGAUUACCGGGGAACACUUGCCACUGGAGGAUGCUAUAAAGGAUGAUUUUAUUAUGGCAUUGCCGUAUCCAGUGGCUCCAGACAGUAUUGAAAUAACGAAAGCUUUAGAAUCGGGAUUGAUCGACAGAGACAACGCUGUAUUCUUCCAUCCUACUACGGGAACUCCAAUUCCAAUUGUUGCGGCUGUCGAAUCCGGCCUGCUCAUCAUCAAACAGCCGGCUCGUGGUGAAAACACAGCUGCCAUUACCGAGACGAUUACAUCGUAUCACACUAUCACCACCAAGACCGUUGAACUUUUGCCAGGUUAUGCAUUGAAGAGCGCGAUGGAAGUACAGGAUAUCAAUACCGGUAAUGUUAUCACCAUCGAAGAGGCCCGACAAAGAGGUAUUAUCAAGGAUGAGUCUGAAACCAAGCAGGAAUUCACGACGAAAGACAUCAAGAUGUCCUUCGAUCACGCGGUGGAGAAAGGAUUGGUAGAUAUGAAGAAGGGCAUUUACACUGAUCCUUGUACUGGUACCACAAUGCCUAUCGCUAAGGCCGUCGAGGAAGGAAUCCUCGAUACUUCAUCUAGCAUGAGUGAAUCUGGAACGCCCAGGAAAUCGUCCAACAACAGUCUAACCGUGUUAGAGGCGGUUGAGCAAAUUUACGACGAAGAAACUGGGACUUUCAAAGAUCCCGAGACGAACGAAUCUUACAACUUGACGGAAGCGAUGAAAGUGGGCCUAAUCGAACCCGAUUCCGUGCUUUACAACGUGAAAACCAAAGAAUCUAUCACCACCAGGGAGGCAGUUGAGAAAGGUUUGCUCGAUCCCGUCACUGGAAAAAUGAAGACCAUGCGGGAUCAAAGGAAUCGUCCGAUCAGCAUAGCGGAAGCUACGAAACUGGGUCUUCUGGCAGUCGUCGCAGCACCAGUCUUAGCUGGUAAAGCAAUUGUCGAUGCAAUUUCGAAUCGCAAAUCUAAAGAGACAAAGAAGGAAUCGAGUCCGCCUUCAACUAUUAUUUCAAGUCAAAUUAUUCAGAGAUCUCGCGCCGAUUCUCACGAGAUUGAAAGCACAAUGGAAACGCAAAAACGAGUGCUUUUAGAUGCAAAAAUGAUCGAAGAUAUCCAAAUUACAGAGACAGAAAUGGAGGAUAACGGUGAAUUGCAACAAGUUAUGGACGAAGAAACGCCGAGGCAUAUUUCGGUAAUGAUUACAAGAGAAUUAACGCCUCAAGUUCUUGCGGAACUCGGAUUGUUCGAUCCUGUAAGAGAAAAAUUCUUGGAUCCGGAAACGGGUAACGUCACAUCCUUCAACGAUCUGGUCCUGAAUCUAAAGGUUUUCGAUCCCGAUCGGGUACUCGUCAAGGAUCUGUCUUCCAAGACGGACUUGUACGUGACACUGCGCGAGGCAAUCAGCCGGCCUCUUGUAGACAGAAACGUCGCUUACAUGGUCGAUCCGAAGACCGGUAAGAAGAUACCGUUCUUCGAGGCGGUGAGCUUGGAAUGGAUCAAGGAGGAACCAGAGGACGAAACAGAGAGAGAACAGCUCGCAGAAUUUCAGCCCCUAGGCUUGCAAGAAGCUAUCGACAUUGGCGUAUGUAAUCCCACCACAGGAACGAUUCGAGAUCCGAAAACGGGACAAGCGUUGUCUAUGAACGAAGCUAUCGAUGCGGGACUCAUCGACGCUGACAUGCUCGGCGUGAGAAAUCCGAUCACCGACGAGAUCGUGCCGUUUUCCGAGGCGCUGGAGACCGGCAUCGUGGAUCUUCGCAAGGACGUUGUCAUCAAUGCAGAAACAAGAACGGAAAUCGAUAUCACGACCGCGUUCCUACAAGGUCUGAUCAUGCCCAUUUCUCGUAAGCCGAUCUCGUUGGAAGCUAUUAUUAGGCAAGGUCACUAUGAUGCCGAGACGGGAAAAAUACAAGAUCCUCUGACAAAACAAUCGAUCGAUGUCGAGGAGGGUGUUCGUAGAAGCGUCGUCGAUGCGUUUAUCACCGAGAUCGGAGACACGAAAGCCGGCUCGUCCGUCUCGUUGGACGACGCGCUGACGAUGAACUUGUUGAUUCCCAGUACAGGACGUUUGCGUGACACGAAAGCCGGAGAGCUUUUAUCUUUAGACAUCGCGCUUGAUAAAGGUUUGAUUAUCACAACACCGUUCGUGCCUUCGCUGAUCGACGCGAUUGUCCAAGAAUACUAUUCACCGAAGACUGGCCUCGUUCUGAAUCCUAUGACGGGUGAAAAUUUAACGGUGAAAAAGGCAUUAGCCAUUGGUUACGUUAACGGCUCUACUACAGUGGUAAAAGACGAUAGAAAGGAUAGAGUUGUUCCCCUCAACGAGGCAGAGGGAAGUAAGCUGAUAGAUCUAGUAAGAGGAACAUUAACCUAUCCGCAUUCCAUGACAUUGGACGUCGCUUUUGAGAAGGGAUACAUCUUGAGUACCAUAAAACCGUGGACGCUACAAGAAGCUUUAGCUCUUCAAAUUUACGAUCAGAGAUCCGGCACUUUUAAUAUCGAUGGCAAUAAUUGUACUUUAGAGGAAGCAAUCGAGAAAGGCUUUAUUAGCAGGGACAGUCCAUCGAUUAAAGACCCGAGGAACAACGAUAUUAUAUCUCUGGGCGAUGCUAUUAAGCAUGGUUUUAUUAACGCGAAGACCAGUACGGCAGUGGAUCCGUGUACCAGUGCGCCCCUUUCAUUAACCGAUGCGUUGGAUCGCGGCUUUAUAGUGCCAGCAAAACGCAAGAUAUCCCUACCGGACGCCGUCUUCAAAGGCUUGUACGAUCCGAAGACCGGACAAUUUACAGUACCUGACACUCAAGAGAAGCUUCCUACUGAUCGCGCGAUUAAGAUGGGCGUUAUAGACGCCACAACCGCGAUUGUACGAGAUCCUAACGGUGAUGUGAUGACGUUCAACAAGGCUAUUAAGACCUCCAUAGUCGAUCCCAAAUCUGGGACAGUUAGUCAUGCCAGAGGACCGCCUAUAGAUUUCCAGGAAGCACUGGAGCGUGGCUUGCUCCUCGAAACAAGAAGACCCAUGAGCUUCAGCGAGGCAAUUUCAAAGGGUAUUCUCGAUGAGAGGAGCAACAAAUUUUUAGAUCCGCAGACGGGCAUUUAUCUAACAGUACUGGAAGCCAUUCAAAAGAAUCUAAUAGAUGCUGACUCUGUUACCGUCAAGGAUACGAGGUCCAGCAUCUGGAAAACAAUGACGCUAAUGGAAUCUAUACAAUCGGACUACAUGGACGGCACUACUGGCUAUCUCAAAGAUCCGAGCAAAGGUAACAGGAACGUAUCUCUGAGGGACGCCUUCGAAUCUGGCCUCAUUGUCGACAGUAGAGCUGCCGUGUCUUUACAGCGCGCCAUCCACCAAGGUUUGUACGAUGACAAUACGGGCAAGAUUAUUGAUCCCAGUACAGGCAGAGCUGUGACAUUGCAUGAAGCGAUGAGAAAGUGCAUAAUCAGUCCCACAUUGCCUUGCUAUUGGGACAAACGUGGCGAACGUUUGUUGUCAUUGGCCGAGACAUGUCGUGCUGGCGUAAUCGACAGGCGCACCGGUAUGUUCAAGGAACCGGGCGCCAGUGGCUCGGUCUCGCUGUCAGUCGCGUUGCAACUCGGUCUUAUUGUCGACAUAGAGAGCAUGGGAUUCGGCCUAUACGAGGCGAUAUUGAUGAACAUGUAUGACGUCUCGUCGGGCAAAUUCGUACAUCCGACCAGCAAUCGCAAACUGACGCUAGCCGAGGCAUGUCAAGUGGAUCUAAUAAACCCCCUAACGUCGAUCGUUAAAUGCACUAGGUCUAACAGAUAUAUCCCGUUGGCUGAAGCGAUUUCCUCGGGCAUCGUCGAUGACAUUCGUGGCAUGUAUGUCAUUCGCGAGCUCGACAAAGCGAUUAAUCUCCAAGAAGCGGCGAAGAAGGGCUUCAUCGUCACGUCAAAGACACCCCUAUCGAUCGAGGAGACGGUCAAAUGCCGCCUUUACCGUGGCGACAGUGGCAAAUUCGCAAGUCCUGUUGUUAACGAGUAUCACGACCUACUUCAGGCGAUCAACUGCGGUCUCAUAGAUCCUGAUACUACCGCCUUGAAGGAUGCAACGACCGGACAGAUCAAGUCGCUAUUAACGGGUAUCGAGGACGGGACGGUCGAUGUGUCGCGGGGAAGAAUAUUAGACCCCAAGACAACGCGUGCUUUUAAUAUCGAUAUAGCUUUGGAAAGAGGUCUGUUGGUCACGAUCGACAAACCUCUGGCUCAACAAAUAGCACAUAGAUCACCCUUAGAAGCCCCCAAAGUCGGACUUGGCGACAGAAACGUGAAAGAAUGCACUCUAGAAGAAGCGAUCAACUACCAGCUGAUUGAUCCUAACACGUCAGUCGUGAAAGACCCUAGAAACGGUCGGUUCGUGACGACGGUGAGAGCGAUCGCGGACGGUAUCGUAGAUCCUUCCGUCAGAGGUAUUAUUGAAUUGAACGGCGGAAGCAAAAGGGAACCGCGUUUCGUGCGUUUCGGCGACGUUACCGUAUUUAUUAGGAAACCACUCACUUUCGAAGAGGCGGUCGAGAAAGAGUAUCUGUCGCUAGAAUCAGGUAAAUUCACGGAUCCGAUUUCGAACGAACAAUUGACACUCAAGGAAGCGGUCGGUCUCGGUAUCGUAGACUCGGACUCGGCGUUGAUUAAAGACUCGCAAAAGAAGAAGCUGGUAAAAUUGCCGGAGGCGUUCCGCAAGGGCAUGAUGGACGCGGAAAAGGGCAAUGUGCUGGACACGGCCACGUCCAAGUUGUACAGUUUGUCCAAGGCCCUGGAAAUCGGCCUGUUGAUCACCCCGAGAAACGGCGUUUCGUUCAUCGAAGCGUUGCAGUUCGGUCUUUACAAUCCCACCACGGGCGGCUUUCACGAUCCCUUCGUUGUCACUUCUGUGUUGGACCGUAGACGCCUCACGCUGGCGGACGCAAUCGAGUCGGGUCUGAUCGAUCCAUCCACCACAGUGAUCAAAGAUCCGUUCACGGGUAAUAUCGCGAGUCUGUUAGAGGCAGUGAAUAGCGGGAAGGUAGAUUCCGUAGGAGGCAGAUUAGUCGAGGACACAGACGGCAAGAGUAUCGACUUCGUGAAGGCCUUGGAGCGGGGUUAUAUACUCGCCGCUGAAGCCAGGCAAGCGGUGGAGGAAAAGUACAAGCUCUGCGAUGAGACGCUGUCUAAGCUCCUGCAGUGGAUCUCCGAGGUUGAGGACAAACUGGCGGAUCAAGAUACCGUCAAGGAAGAUGUAGAAGAGUUGAGGAAGCAGAUAAUCAUCAUGAAAGAAAUAAAGGAGGAUCUUGAAUCGCACAGUCGACCCGUUUCAUCCUGCCUAGAUCAGAUUCGACAAGUCGUCUUGACAGGCGGCAACGUGCUAUCUAGCGACGAAGUGUCUACGUUGGAGAAGAACGGUCGAUCACUGAAAACUCGAUUUGACAAAGCGUUAGAUCGCACUGACAAAUUAGUGAAACGUCUCAUUGGCGCCAGAGAUGAAUUAACAAAGUUUAAAAAUGAACUCACGACGUUCUCGAUCUGGUUGGACAAAGCCAGAAGCGUGCUCGAGGAUAAAGAGCGUUCUUUGUCCGAUUUGAACAAGCUAAGUAGCAGCACGGAUACGACUCGCGAUUUCAUCAGCGAUGUCAUCGCUCAUCAAGCAGAUUUGAGAUUUAUUACAAUGGCUGCGCAAAAGUUCGUUGAUGAGAGUAAAGAGUAUCUCCAAGUUCUUAACGACUUCAGAACCAGCUUGCCACAAAGAUUGCCGCACAAAGAGCCCAUAGCUAGCCAGGACUCGCCGAUACGAGCGGAAGUAUCCAGCGCGACAGCCCGAUACAAAGAUCUACUAUCCCGAGCAAAUCUCCUGUCGGACAGAUUGUCGGGAGUCGGCGGCAAACAGAGAGAUUAUCACGAUUCAUUGGAAAAAGCUAGAACAUGGUUGAGAGAUGUCGAGCCGAAAGUGCACAGAGUUAUCUCCGAACCUGUUGCCGCGGAACCGAAACAAGUGGAGGAUCAGUUGAGCAAAGCCAAGGCGUUGAACAAUGAAUUCCUCGCCAACGAGCGUCUAAUUGAUAACGCUAAACACAGCGUUCAGGCUCUGUUACAUUCUUUGGAAGGCCAACUAACGAUGAACGAAGCUAAUGAGCUUGAGGAACCCGUGAGGGCAUUAGAAGAUAAGUACAAGCAAUUGAGCAACGCUCUGGCUGAUAAGUGCCAAGAACUUGAUACAGCAUUGGUGAGAAGUCAAGGAGUGCAAGAUGCAUUGGACAGUCUGGUUGCAUGGCUGAACAAUGUUGAAAGUCAAUUCAAGUCGCUCCAACGUCCGGCAAGCUUGCAGAAGGAACGUUUGGAAGAGCAACAAAGAGAACAGCGAUUACUACAAGCAGAUUUGGAUAGCCACCGUUUGAGUGUAGAAACUAUCACAGCGAAUGCUCAGGAUCUCCUCCUGAAUUCGAGCAACAUUCGCAUCGCCAAACGUAUCGAGAGCAAGCUGAAAGAUGUGCAGAGCAGAUUUGAGAAACUGAUGGACAAGUCUUUGAGACGCGGUGAAUUCCUGGACGAAAUCGCGCAGGCCCUAAAUGAGUUCCUUGGAGAUGUGGCCAAGUUCGAGAGUUGGUAUGCGCAUAUGAUGGAAAUUCUCGACUCGAGAGAUUUGAACAAGCUCGACAUGUCGGAGUGCGAGGCCAAGAUGGCUCAGCUAAUAGACAUGCGUGAGGAUCAGCGCGGAAGCUUCGAAGAUCUUAUACGCAACGGCAAGAAUCUGAUCUCCAAGAAGGAUAUAACCGAAGCGGGUGCGAUUAGAGAUAAGAUCAAGGCGCUCGAAUCUCAAUGGAAGGAACUGAACAAUCUGCUCGACGAGAAACAACGAUUGUGCAAAUCGAGGGCAGAACAGCACACGGCGUACGAGAAACUGCGGGAUCAAGUACUCGAUUGGCUUACUCGUACGGAGAACAAAGUGCAAGGACUCGAACCGGUCGCCGUAGAUCUGGACAAAUUGAAGAUACAGCAGGAAGAAUUGAAGCCCAUACAAAAGGAGUAUCGCGAUUACGGCAAUACGGUCGAUAAAAUCAACGAUCUUGGUAUCGCUUACGACAGUUUGAUGAAAGAACGCGGCGAGAGUCCAACGCGUCGACGUGGCAGUGCUAGUCCGACGAAGAGACCAGUACUGCGAAUGUCACAAGACGGUCGCUCGCCGUCACCCACUAAAUCCUACGCAGUUCAAAGUCCGGUCUCCCCAGGUGGUAGCAGCGGAUUCAGCAGCCGCCGUUCGAGCCAAGAUGGUUUCCAUCUAGAGGAAUUAUCGCCCGUUCAACAGCAGCUCUCGGAAAUUAAUCAUAGAUACGGAUUACUCGGUGUCAGAUUGUCGGAUCGCCAAACGGAGUUAGAUAAUAUUAGGGAGGAAUUGAAGAAACACCUGGACCAUUUGAAAGUACUCUCCCAAUUCUUGGACAAGAUUAAGCGGCAGUUGCCUAAAGAAAGUAUGCCUGCAACUAAAGAUGACGCAGACAAAACAGUCAAACAAGUUAAGGCCCUCGUCGAGGAAAUGUACGAGAAACAAUCUCUACUGGACAGUACUCGAACGCAAGUGCGUGAUUUAGUCAGACGUAAGAAAGAAGCAUACGGUGUAGAUAGAUUGAAUGACGAGAUGGAAGACGUUGCCAGUCGGUGGAGAUCGAUUUCGGACAGAUGCAAGGAUCGAAUUAAAUUCCUGGAAGAUAUUAAAGACUUCUACGACACGUACGAUGGUCUUAAUUCCUGGCUCGGCGCUAAAGAGCGUAUGUUGAGCGCUCUAGGACCAAUUUCGGCCGAUCCCCGUAUGGUCGCGAGUCAAGUGCAACAAGUGCAGGUUUUGCGAGAGGAGUUUAGAACUCAGCAACCGCAAUUGGAUCAUCUGGUACAAGUUGGAGAAAGUAUUCUUGUCACGAUAUCCAUAGAUUCGAUAGAUGGACAGAAGAUAAACGCGAAGUUGCAGAGCAUUUUACAGAGAUGGGCAGAUCAAGUGGGAAGAUUGGACGAAAGGGCUCAGAGUUUGGGAGAUGCUGUUGAUACUAGUCGUGAAUUCGAUGCCAGUCUUAACCGUCUGCGAGAUGCUCUGCAAGGAAUCUCAGACAAUUUAGACGAGUUGAGUCUUGAAAAGGAUCCCGAAGAACAGCUUCGUAAGAUCGAGAAUCUGGAGAGACAACUAGAAGGUCAGAGACCGUUGUUAGCCGACGCGGAGAUGGCCGGUGCACAACUGUGCGAGGUUCUGAGUGACCCAGCGUCAAGAUCCGAAAUUCAAGGAAAGCUUACCACAGUCGGCAAAAUGUACAACAACUUGCAGAAGAAGUUGGAUCAUAGGAAAGCAGAAAUCGAAGGUAACCUGCGAGAUGGAAGACAAUUCGAAGCCUCCUGUAGCAGAACUCUGGGAUGGCUCGCGGACGAACUUGGAAAUAUGUCGGAAAAGCUGCUUGUGUCUGCUGACAGAGAAAUCUUGCAACAGCAACUUGAUCAUCAUGAGCCUGUUUAUCGUAAUGUGAUGGGUAAAGAGCACGAAGUCAUAAUGCUAUUAAACAAAGGACGCGACAUACUUGCGCGGUCUCAAAAAGUUGAAAAUCGCUCGCUGCAACGUGACUUGGAUAAGAUGCAGUCGCAAUGGGAUCGCUUGAAGAAGGAUACUGUCGAAAGGCAUACCCGAUUGCAGACCUGCGCUGAGCAUUGCAAGAAAUAUUACAAAGCUCAAGACGUAUUUCUUCCCUGGCUUCGACAGGCGGAGGAUAAAUUGGACAGUUUGAUCCCUACUUCCUUCAGACGCAAAGACAUCGAGAAGCAGUUGAAGGAAUUGUCAUCGUUUAGGAACGAAGUGUGGAAGCACUCGGGAGAGUUCGAAAAUAACAAGAUGCUUGGUGAGACAUUUGUCGGAGCUUGCGACAUUGACAAACAAAAUGUGAAGAACGAACUCAGUGCUAUGAAAACCAGAUGGGAUAAAUUGAACAAUGACUUGUUGUCUAGAACACAAGCGUUGGAAGAUACCGCACGUCACCUAAUGGACUUCAACGAGAACUUACGAGAUUUGCAGCACGGUUUACAACGUUGUGAAGAUAAGUUAGCUUCACACGAUGCUCUCGGCGGAGCGGCUAAAGAUCCGAAACUUCUCGACAGAAUAAAGAACUUGCGAGAGGAAACAACGAGCUUGAAGAAACCUUUACAAUGCGUGAGACAGCAGGCUAACGAUCUCGUGAAUAAGGCCGGCGAGCAAGGUGUCGAUGCGACACAUUUACAAGACGAGAUUGACAAUGUCACCGAUCGUAUUAAUGAUCUGCAAGCGAAACUGGAUGACAGAUGCAACGAGCUGCAAAGCGCUGCGACAGCGGUCGCGCAAUUUAACGAUCAAGCGAAAUUGAUUAACCAACACCUGUCCGCUCUCGAGAAAGAUCUCGACUCCAUGAAAGCACCCGGUAGAGAGAUCAAGAUUGUACGAGGACAAUUGGAGGAUAUCGCCAAGAUUAUUAGCAGAAUUAACAAACUCUACGAAGAAAUUGGCGAUCUGCAGAAUCGCGGCGAACGUUUGGUUGAUUACGGCUUCGCUGCUGAUGCUGUAGCGACGAGAGAUCAAGUUGACGGAUUUAAACGACAAAUUGGCAAACUGGAUGAGCGCGCGCGUAACAGAGAAGAUGAGCUCACUUCUACCUUGAACAAGUUACAAGAGUUCUAUCAAUUGCACGUGGAAGUUAUGGAGGGUAUCAGCGAUGCGAACGAACAGGUCAGACGAUUCAAACCUGUCGGAUCCGAAGUGGACUCGAUUAAAGCUCAGCAGGAGGACUUCAGAACUCUCAAAGUUAAGAAGAUAGAACCACUAGCACGCGCCGUUGAAGACUGUAACGCGCUCGGUCAAGGCCUCAUACAAACUGCAGGACGCGAUGUCAAUACCAGUAAUAUCGAAAAAGACGUCGAUAAAAUGAACGAAAGGUGGAACGACUUAAAGGACAGACUAAACGAGCGCGAUCGCAAGUUGGAUGUUGGAUUAUUACAGUCGGGCAAGUUCCAAGAAGCUUUAGACGGUUUAGAGAAAUGGUUGACCGAUACGGAAGAGAUGGUUUCGAAUCAAAAGCCACCUUCUUCAGAUUACAAAGUCGUGAAGGCGCAGUUGCAAGAACAGAAAUUCCUGAAGAAGAUGUUGAUGGACCGACAAAACUCUAUGACAUCUCUCUACAAUAUGGGGCGAGAGGUAGCUGCCGAUGCGGAUCCGAAGGAACGUAAGGCCAUCGAGAAACAAUUGAACGAUCUAGUAGGUAGAUUUAAUAAUUUGACGGAGAGCGCCGCGGAGAGAAUGGACGCUCUUGAACAAGCAAUGGCGGUGGCGAAGCGAUUCCAAGAUAAAUUGGUGCCACUCGCUAUCUGGUUGGAUAAGACUGAGAAGAAAGUGAGAGAUAUGGAGUUGAUCCCCACCGACGAGGAGAAGAUACAGCAACGUGUCAGGGAGCAUGACGUACUUCAUGAAGACAUUAUAUCGAAGACACCAGACUUCAGCGAACUCACGGAGAUUGCCAGUCAACUUAUGUCGCUGGUAGGCGAGGACGAAGCUACAGCAUUGGCCGAUAAGCUUCAGGAUGCGGCAGAUAGAUACGCGGCUUUGGUCGAACGCUCCGAAGCUCUCGGUAGCUUGCUGCAACGUUCAAGACAGGGCUUACGGCACCUGGUUCUCACCUAUCAAGAUUUACAGGCGUGGAUGGAGAACAUGGAAAUCCGAUUGUCAAAGUAUCGUAUCUUGGCCGUACACACGGAGAAGCUCUUGCAACAAAUGGAAGAUCUAGCAGAUCUUACGGAGGAGGUGUCCACGCGACAGACGGAAGUCGACAGUACCGUGGAUUCUGGUCUAGAACUGAUGAAACACAUUUCGAGUGACGAGGCGCUUCAACUGAAGGACAAGUUGGACUCUCUGCAACGACGGUUUAACGAUCUUGUCACGCGUGGCUCGGAUCUUUUGAAGCAUGCCCAAGAAUCUCUACCACUGGUGCAACAAUUCCACGAUAAUCACAAUCGCUUGAUGGAUUGGAUGCAAGGCGCGGAGACCGCUUUGCAGUCCGCCGAACCUCGCGAGGAGGAGAUUAUCCGACUCGAGAUGGAGAUAUCGGAAUACAGACCCGUCUUGGACAAGAUCAACGCGGUGGGUCCACAACUGUGUCAGAUGUCACCAGGAGAAGGUGCCGCGACCAUCGAAGGUCUCGUGACCAGAGACAAUAGGCGAUUCGACGCGAUCGCCGAGCAGAUCCAGAGAAAGGCCGAAAGAAUUCAGUUGAGCAAGCAACGAUCUUUGGAGGUGAUCGGCGAUAUCGACGAUCUGCUCGACUGGUUUAGAGAAGUGGACAAUCAACUUCGAGAGGCCGAGCCGCCUAGCAGCGAGCCUGAGAUUAUUAGAGUGCAAUUGAAAGAACACAAAGCGCUCAAUGACGAUAUAUCCAGUCAGAAGGGUAGAGUCCGCGAUGUUAUUUCGACUGCGAAGAAGGUGAUACGCGAGAAUGCUCAGCAUGAAGAUACAUCUACUAUCAGAGACAAGAUGGAAGACUUGCGCGAGACGAUGGAGAUUGUAUCAGCUCUAUCAUCAGACAGAUUGGGAGCUCUCGAGCAAGCUCUGCCGUUAGCGGAGCAUCUCCGAGAUACCCAUGCUGGCUUGGUCAGCUGGCUCGAGGAGGCGGAACAACAAGUCGCUAUGUUACCCAUGCCUGCUUUGCGACCUGACUUGAUAGCGGCGCAGCAGGACAAGAACGAGCUUCUCAUACAAAGCAUUAACGAGCAUAAACCUCUGGUGGAGAAGCUCAACAAGACCGGUGAGGCACUUAUCAAACUGUGCAACGAGGAAGAAGGUAUAAAAGUGCAAGACAUUCUGGAUAAUGACAAUGCUCGCUACGCGGCACUGAGAGCCGAGCUGAGGGGCCGGCAACAGGCGCUGGAACAGGCACUGCAGGAGUCAUCUCAGUUCUCCGAUAAACUGGAGGGUAUGCUGCGCGCGUUGUCUUCCACCGCCGAUCAGGUGAACGGCGCCGAGCCGAUCAGUGCCCAUCCGCCUCGUUUACGCGAUCAGAUGGAGGAGAAUGCCGCCUUGGCGGAUGAUCUCGCUCAAAGAUCCGAGGCUUACGCGGCCGUUAAAAGAGCGGCGGAUGAUGUGAUCAGCAAGGCUGGCAACAGAGCCGAUCCGGCGGUGAAGGACAUCAAACGCAAGCUGGAUAAGCUCAACAAAUUAUGGACCGACGUACAGAAGGCCACGAACGAUCGCGGCCGCACCUUGGACGACACUCUAGCCGUCGCCGAAAAAUUCUGGGCCGAGUUGAACGGAGUUAUGGCCACUCUGAGAGAACUGCAGGACGCGCUGGCUGGACAAGCACCACCGGCGGCUCAGCCAGCCGCUAUUCAACAACAGCAAGUGGCGUUGCAAGAAAUCCGACAAGAGAUCGAUCAAACGAAGCCGGAUGUCGAGCAAGUCCGGUCAUCGGGACACGAAUUGAUGGGCUUGUGCGGCGAGCCGGACAAACCUGAAGUGCGAAAGCACAUCGAAGAUUUGGACCAGGCUUGGGACAACGUCACCGCUCUAUACGCCAGGCGCGAGGAGAAUCUGAUCGACGCCAUGGAGAAGGCGAUGGAGUUCCACGAGACGCUGCAGAAUCUGUUGGAGUUCUUGCAAGAGGCCGAGGACAGAUUCGCGGAGAUGGGUCCGCUCGGCAGCGACAUCGACGAGGUGAAGAAGCAGAUCAAGCAGCUGGCUAAUUUCAAGGCCGAGGUGGAUCCGCACAUGGUGAAGGUCGAGGCGUUGAACAGGAGUCUGACAAGGCAAGCGGCCGAAUUGACGGAAAGAACAUCCUCCGAACAAGCAGCAGCCAUUAAGGAACCGCUCGGUGCCGUGAACAAACGCUGGGACGGAUUACUGAGAGGCAUGGUAGAGAGGCAGCGAUUACUGGAGAACGCAUUAUUGCGACUCGGCCAAUUCCAACACGCCCUGGACGAACUAUUGGUAUGGAUCGAGAAAACUGACAGGACAUUGGAUAAUCUCAGACCAGUAGCGGGUGAUCCACAAGUGAUCGAAGUCGAAUUAGCCAAGCUGAAGGUCCUGGUGAAUGAUAUACAAGCUCAUCAGACGAGCGUCGACACUCUGAAUGAUGCUGGACGACAGCUGAUUGAGGAUGGCAAAGGCACCGCGGAAGCGUCCACCACAGCCGAUAAACUGGGCACUCUGAAUCGCCGUUGGCGAGACCUGUUGCAGCGCGCCGCGGAUCGCCAACGAGAACUGGAGGAUGCCUUACGGGAGGCGCAAUCCUUCACCGCUGAGAUACAAGACUUGCUGUCGUGGUUGGGCGAUGUGGAUAACAUGAUAGUAGCUUCCAAGCCCGUUGGUGGAUUGCCCGAGACAGCAUGCGAGCAAUUGGAACGCUUCAUGGAGGUGUACAACGAGCUGGAACAAAAUCGUCCGAAGGUCGAGACGGUGCUGCAACAAGGACAGGAAUACCUGAAGAAAGCGGAUACCAGCAGUGCCGGUGGAUUGAAUCAUAAUUUGCGAACGUUGAAGCAAAAAUGGGACAAUGUGCUCGCGCGCGCCAGCGAUAAGAAGAUAAAGUUGGAAAUCGCUCUGAAGGAGGCCACUGAGUUCCACGACGCGUUACAAGCUUUCGUCGAUUGGUUGACUAACGCCGAAAAGAUUUUGACGAAUCUCAAACCAGUUUCGAGGGUGAUGGAGACCAUACUUCAACAAAUCGAGGAACACAAGGCAUUCCAGAAAGACGUUGGCGUCCAUCGUGAAACUAUGCUGAAUCUCGACAAGAAAGGAACCCAUCUGAAAUACUUCUCUCAAAAACAAGACGUAAUUCUUAUAAGGAACCUGCUCGUGAGCGUGCAGCAUAGAUGGGAACGAGUAGUUUCCAAGUCAGCCGAGAGGACAAGAGCAUUAGAUCACGGUUACAAAGAAGCUAGAGAGUUCCACGAUAGCUGGUCGAACUUGAUGAACUGGUUGGACGAAACCGAGAAGACGUUGGAUGAAGUCGCUGCCGACGGACUUGGUGGCAACGAUCCGGACAGAAUUAAAGCGCGCCUUAACAGACACCGCGAGGUACAAAAAGCAUUGAGUGCUAAACAAAGCACGUACGAUAACACCAUGAAGAACGGCAAAACGUUGAAGGAUAAGGCGCCGAAGACCGAUGAACUUGCCUUGAGGGAACUUCUGAACGAGUUGAAGAACAAGUGGACUAUAGUCUGCGGUAAAUGCGUGGAUCGACAGAGGAAACUAGAAGAAGCGUUGCUAUUCUCCGGACAGUUCAAAGAUGCGAUUCAGGCAUUGCUGGAGUGGUUGAGCAAGACCGAGAAAUAUCUGGCCAACCCUGGGCCGCUUUACGGCGAUUUGGAUACGGUAACCAAUUUAGUGGAGCAACACAAGGCUUUUGAGGGAGAUUUAGAAUCGCGCGCCUCGCAAAUGGAGUCCGUCAUCAAGACCGGUCGUGAACUCGAAUCUAAAGCUUCUAUCGAAGACGCAUCGAUGAUCAGAUCGCAGUUGUCCGAACUGAACAGUCUCUGGGACAGAGUAACCAGUCUCUCGUCGAAGAAGUCCAGACUAUUGGAAGAAGCUCUCAGAGAAGCUGAACGACUUCACAAAGCCGUUCACGUGUUACUGGAAUGGUUGAGUGACGCGGAGAUGAAGCUACGAUUCGCUGGACCGUUGCCGGAAGACGAGCAGGAGAGCAGGAACCAAUUGAUGGAGCACCAGAGAUUCCUUCGCGAACUACAGACUAAGGAAGUUGAAAAAGACAACACGUUAGAGUUGGCACAUAUUAUUCUUGGAAAAGCACAUCCCGACGGUGCCGCAGUUAUUAAACACUGGAUCACGAUCAUUCAGUCUAGAUGGGAAGAAGUGGCGACAUGGGCUUAUCAAAGGAACCAAAGACUGGAGAAUCAUAUGCAGGGCUUACAGGAUCUUGAUAAUCUUCUUGAGGAGUUAUUAGCCUGGCUCCACGGUUUGGAGAACACUUUGAACGCCUUGGAAGCGGAACCUUUGCCCGACGACAGGGCCACGCUCGAAAUGCUUAUCGCGGACCAUAGAGAGUUUAUGGAAAACACCAGCCGAAGACAAAACGAAAUCGAUCGCGUUUGCAAGGCCCGACAGAUCAAGCCGAUAAAGGACACGAGAAAAAUAUCGAAAGUCAGAUCACCAGCGCCUACUAAGGAUCUCUAUCAGGACGCCGAGCAUGAACAGCCUCAGCCUCGUAAACAAAGCCGAGGCAGCCCAGGUCGUGACAGAACGCCAGACCUUUCAUUGCCACACAUCGGUCCACGCUUCCCACCCAAAGGAAGCAAAGGAGCCGAGCCGGAAUUCCGCAGUCCGAGAGUUAAGCUUCUCUGGGAUAAAUGGCGCCACGUUUGGAUGCUGGCGUGGGAACGUCAACGUCGUCUUCAGGAUAAAUAUAAUUACAUUCAGGAGCUGGAUCGCGUGGCUAACUUUAGCUGGGAAGAUUGGCGCAAACGGUUCCUGAAAUUCAUGAAUCACAAGAAAUCCAGGCUGACGGAUUUGUUCAGAAAGAUGGAUAAAAACAACGAUGGACUUAUACCAAGGGAGGACUUCAUUCAAGGAAUUAUGAACACCAAAUUCGAAACGUCUCGUCUGGAGAUGGGCGCUGUUGCUGAUCUUUUUGAUCGUCACGGCGAGGGCUUGAUAGAUUGGAAGGAGUUCAUCGCCGCUCUACGACCCGAUUGGGAAGAACGUCGGACCUACAACGACACGGACAAGAUACAUGACGAAGUUAAACGGCUGGUCAUGCUCUGCACCUGUCGCCAAAAGUUCCGUGUUUUCCAAGUUGGCGAAGGAAAAUACCGAUUUGGUGACAGCCAGAAGCUUCGGUUGGUUCGAAUCCUGCGAUCCACUGUCAUGGUGCGUGUUGGUGGAGGCUGGGUAGCGUUAGAUGAAUUCCUCCUAAAGAACGAUCCAUGCCGCGCCAAGGGAAGAACGAAUAUCGAGCUGCGGGAGCAAUUUAUACUGGCGGACGGUGUUAGCCAAACUAUGACGGCCUUCCGGUCCAAGCCGAGCCCGACCUCGACGCUGCAGCGUACGCAAAUGUCCUCCACCAAUGCCGGACCGAUCACCAAGGUGAGAGAACGCAGUGCUCGCAGCGUACCUAUGGGUCAGUCGCGAGCUUCGCGUUCAUCCUUGAGCGCCGGCACGCCUGACAGCCUUAGCGACAACGAAAGUUCCUUCAAGAUAUCUAGAAAAGCCAGCACGCCUUAUAGAUCUACCGUAACGCCUGGUGGUAGCCGUCCGUCCAGCAGGCCAGCAUCAAGACCUGCCUCCCGACCAACCAGUAGACCGAGUAGCCGACCUGCGUCCAGACAAGGAAGUAAACCGCCUAGUCGAUACGGAUCAACGCAGUCGUUGGAUGAUGAUUCGUGCACUCCAAGUCGCAUUCCGCGAAGGACCAUCAUAGGCGGCUCUGGUAAUACUCCGACGUCCAGUAGACACAACAGCGUAUCCGGUAGAAAGCUUGCAACUCCGAUGAACGGCUCGAGUUCUCGACCUCGCACUCCAACGGGAUUAAUUAGCCCCGCCAGUGGAGUGCCUUCCAGCCGCUCUAGGAUACCCGUAUAUGUGGGAGUGGAUAUAAAAUCUCCUCAGUCGACCACCAGCAAUAUGUCUACUCACUCAACACAAAGCAACCAUUCUACGAUUUCUACUGAUUCCACUGGGAGCAGUUCCCUGUGCACAAAUUCAGCAACUAACAUACCAACAGCGAUUAAACAAGCUAGGGUACGUACACCGUCCAGUGGAUCCAGCACACCGCUACCACCGUCUUCGAAGUUAUCGAGGAAACCCUCCGGAGCUUCCGACACGUCCGUGUCGGGAACGACCCCGAGCACACGAAAGGGAAAGCCCACGCCGAUCGAACAGCGCGCGCCGUUCCGAUUGUAAUAGCUUAUUAACGAAUACAUAUAGCUUGUAAAAUCAGCGUAUUAUAUGCCCGAACGAGAAUAAAUAUAAAACAUCCCCGCCGCGAAUUUAAAAAUGACCGCACGGUUAUUGCAGGGAACAUACGAAUGGUUUAUAGUUGUUGUAUGAUGAGAGACAGAGAGAAAAGCGCAUGUGAUGUGUGCUAAAUUGACUGGAUCAAAAUUUCGUGGGAGGUAAGUGAUGAACUUAGAAGUUAUGAUUUCAUCAUUUCGUUGAAUUUCGCCAAGUACUGAAUGCCAUUAAAAUUACGGAUACCAAUGAGUAUUUCAUACUCUCUUAGGGUAAGGGAUUACAAACAGUUGGGGAAAUUUAUUUAUUUCGUGCCCGCGUUAGAAAGUGCUUAAAGCGUCUAUCUAGUUUGUAAUAACACAUAACACUGAAGUAAAUUAUUGUUAUAAAUACCAUAAUCUUGGUAUUACCGAAAGUGCAGGGUAAUGCUGUAUAAUUGAAAAUAUUUAGGUGAGAUAUAACAAUAUCUCGGCCGACUUUCUCGAUAAGGACAAUACUGCUAAAAAGAUUUUAGCGUAAAAAAGAUCAGCGUUAUAUGUAUUAUAAUUACGCUUAUGUUUGAUAUAUAUAACUAGAUGCCUGUGUAAUUACUUUUAUAUAAUUUAAUAUAGUUUGCUCAUUUCGCAUGCAUCCCUCUGCAUGCUGUAUACACCGCGUGAACCGUCGAGGGCUUUCUCGAUGAAAAUUUUUGAGCUAUAUUUGAGCAAAUUGUAUGUAUACACGAAGACAUUAAUUUAUUUAAUAUUUUUGCUUGACUUAUUUGUAUUCGUCGUGCGACGUAAUUAACGUCUAAUUCGCAUUUGUUAAAAAAAAAGAAAGAGAAACCUUGUAUGCGAUUUUAGAUUUUAGAUGAUACAGAUUGUGAAUCGACAUUCAUUUUUGUUAUCCGUUUCGCAAAUUGCACCGUACAUAUUCGAUUAGUUAAUUGUGCUUACAAAAAUCCGAUUAGAUAUAUAUUGUAAUUUUUUUCAUAUUAUAUACAAAUUGGGUAAGCUCAGAUUUGUAAAACCGUAGAUGUUAAUUUUUACAAAUCUGCUUUAUAUUAUUUUCGAAAUAUUUUGAUGUAUGUAUUUGUAUUAUUGCGAAACGGAAUAUCUCGUUGCUUUGUGGAGAAAUACGACAGUAAUCAAAUGUAGUUUAGGAUUACGCGCGAGUUUAAUCCUCGAGCGGCCGCAUUUAAAAAGUGCAAUUCUUUCGUAGAUAUUAUUUUCGCAAAAUAAUGUCUAUGAAAUUCUUUUAACCACAUCUUUUGCGCAUCAAUAUAUGUGAAAUUAAAUACAAACAGGCUAAGAUCAUUCACGUGCCCGCUCUAAGAUUAAUGUGCGAUAUGCUUUUGUUACGUGUUUGCGAAUCGAUUUAUCGAUUACUGAUCAAUUAAUAAGUAAAUAAUUAUUAUAUAAUUAUAAUUAUAUAAUUAUAUAAAGUAUAUAAUUAUUAAUUAUAAUUUACUAAUGAGAGAUUUAAGAGUUCGGGGGAACAUACCUAACAGCGUUAAAAUAAUAAUAAAAAAAAAGAGAAAACUAUACGUGUGAAUAGUUAAGUAAAAUAUAUUCCAUUGCGCGAAGUGUGGCCUGUUAGGUGACGGGUAGAAAAGAGAAACUCUGAAAAAAAGACAUUUCCAUUUUUUUUAUAUAUCUAUACUUUUAGAUGCGAUUAAUGUAACGGAGAUAUGACUCGCUGCCUCUUAUAAAUAUUACGUAAUGCGAUUAAUCUUAUUAACAACUUCUCAACGUAUGAUCUUUGUUUCUUUUUCACUUACCGAGAAGUGCUGUGUAUGAUGCUAAUAAUAAUAUUAUUAAUAAUGAUGAUACAGUGAUAAAAGAAAUAUAACAGACACACGCACACACAUAUUUCAAUGAGAAACAUAUUUUCAACCCUUUUCAUUUUUAGGCAAUUGUUUCAUUGUUGUGCAUCAUGCAAAUGUAAAGAAACAUGUACAUAUGAUAUUGGCGCGCGCAUAAGGUUUUCUUUCAUAUUCGCACUUUUGAAUCGAAGUCGUGGUGUGUCACGGGAUCCUGCUGUUGCUUGUGUCCUCGUCAAUGUCUAAAUUAAACAUAGCUAUUUAAAUACAUAGUGAUCUUGGGAGAACGGUUUUCCUCGAAACAGAUAACGCGCCAACUCCGAUCCCCCAGUGUUAACUGACAGUCGCAUUGUAUAAUAUAUCACGCAGGUACCAAACCCGGGGAGGAUCCGAUGGAAAAAGCGACGCUUCGUGCACGCUACGCCAAAAAAGGCUUACCAAGUAUUUCGGCCAACAUUGCGUGCGCUUGUAGACACGUAAUUUACGAAGGUACACGUGUGUGUCUGGACGAGUUUUGCGCAGUUUUUGUCUUUUACAAACGCUCUGGGUUUACACUUUUAAGAAUGCGCCUGUUGUAUUACUGACCGUUGUAAUCGGAAUAAAUAUGUUUUCGCACUGAAGACCGAGGACGAGAUACGAAUAUAUGGAUGUCGGUGUGCAAGAGAGAAUCACUGUCAAAAGGAUGUGUAAAGUUAUCAGAAUGGUGUUUCUCUACCAGACAA